AUGAUAAAGCGGCAAACCACUAUUGCCUCGUCUGUCCCCCGCAACGCGGAACGCGAUGUACAGUGCCUUGCGUCUGGUCAACUGGCAACCCAUUCCAAGUCUUCGUGGCCUGACGAGGCUCCUAACACAGAGAGCCCUCACGAACAACAGCAGAGCCUGUUGCUCUCCCGGAUCAUCACAAACAUCGAAAAGCUGAAUGAAGCCGUGGCGAUGAUGAACAGAAACCUCCAGGAGGUCAAUAUCCAGAACAUGAAUGUAGAACUGGUCGCACAGAUGUUCAAGAACUACCAAUCCAAUGUCCUCUUCCACCUGGAAGCAACGGAGAACCUCAAGGAUCCGAUUUGA